CAUUAUAUCCUGGUCACAUAUAGAUGGCGGCAACUCAUGGGGAGAGAUCAAAAUUCAGAGCAUGAAACCAACCAUCACCACUCUCUCUCUUCUCCUCCUGCUCAAUACUCUCUCUCUAGCAGUGCUUUCUCACUCUGAACCUAAAUCCGAAUGCAAAGCAUGGCUGGUCCAAUCAAUUCCUUCCGACAUGCCUCACCUCUCUCUCGUCCCCGGCGUUCUCUCUACCGCGGAUGUUUUUCGGUGGUUGGCCGGGAAUUCUUCCCAGAAUCUGGACAUAAUAGCACAGUACUGGCAAUUAAUAGCCCAUCCUGAUGAUCCUCGUUCUGGGGAUUAUGGAUACUCAAAAGCUGAUAUGCAGAAAUUCGGUGCUAAUGAAGGUUUUGGUGUCUAUAAAGACAUCGAAAAUGCUGCUGAUCGCAAUGUGACUAUCAGGCUUCUACAGCACUCUGGAGUCUAUCCUGAUUACACAAAAGAACCAUCUGACCUUGCUUUAGGAAGGCCAAAUGUAAAGAGCGUGACAUUACUGCUUAGCAAAUGGUGGGGAUCAGGCAUAGUCCAUGCAAAAGUUUGGAUAUCAGAUAAUCGAGAUGUUUAUAUUGGCUCUGCGAACAAUGACUGGAAAUCUCUCACUCAGGUGAAGGAAGUUGGAAUUUAUCUUGUUGGAUGUCCAGGAAUAGCAGAAAAGGUUGUGGUCUACUAUGACAACCUUUGGAAACUUGCUUCUCUAGAUGAUUCAGCAUACACAAAAACAGUAUGGGAUGAGCAGUGGCAGAUCAGUAGGAAAGUUCCUUGUUGGUCAUACUUUGUCCAUUCUAAAGAAAGGUGCAGAUCACCUCUUCCUCAUUAUGUAGAGGUUCACCACAUAGCAGGCUAUCCAGUACUAUCAGACCCUUACAUGUUUCAAAUGCCAAUUCAAACUCCAGGAUACAACCAUUCAACCUUGCAGCCUCAACCCAGCUAUCUCUCAUUUGCUCCUCCAGAGCUGUCAUUUGGUAAGUACCAGGCAGAUGAACAGGCAUGGGUGGACACAAUUAAAUCUGUAGGAACUGGAGCAACUGUCAGAAUUAGUACUAUGGAUUGGCUUGGACAAUCCCAAUACAUGAAGCAAACGGUUUAUUGGUCAUCCCUUUCCUCGGCAGUAUCAGAGGUUGUCUUCUCCAAGAAUGCAAAGGUGAAGAUACUAGUUGCAUACUGGGCACAUUUCAUCAACAACACAGAUCAGUAUCUGAAGUCUCUUCUGUACUCUAAUACCCUGUGCUUAUCUUCAAAGUAUAACCAUUGUUCCGGCAAUGUGGAGAUCAAGUAUUAUGUUGUACCGGGUUGCAAUUUGACUGGACCUGCUAUUCAGAAUGGGACUAGCACAGGAAAUGUCUACCCGGGCUAUUCCAGGGUCAACCACGGAAAGUAUGCAGUUAGUGAUGUGCGUGCCCACAUUGGAACGAGCAAUUUGGUAUGGGAUUACUUCUAUACCACAGCCGGUGUUAGCUUUGGCACCUAUAACCCUGCCAUUGUUUCUCAACUUCAAGAAAUCUUCGAUGCUGAUUGGAAUUCUCCGUACGCGAUUCCAGUUGAACCAUUAGUGGAGAGUCAUGCUUACUCAACUUGAUAGCAACAUGAAUUUGUUUUGGUUGGCAAAUUGAAAAUGAGUGAAAUAGGAAGCCUAGAAGAACCAUAUAUAAAAGCUUUGAAGAUUCGUGAUUGUAAAUGUACAUUAAGGAGCAGGUCGUUUGCUUUUUAAUUGCUUAUUUUUCAUAUAAUAACUCAUUUUAUGUGAGAA